UACAUCCAUUACAAUGGACUAAAUGUGGCAUUUCACCAAGGUUUUCCCAAGGACAUUGACACGCGUACAUUCCAGACUACCGGCCCUGGACGACACUCGCUGACCCCUGCGAUGAAAAUACGAUCCCUCCAAAGCAAAAACACGUCAUACUGCUGGAACCACCCUAUGCUUGAAUUGAACCAUACUUGAACAGAUGUCACUUAUAAUACAGCAACAAGUGCAUACGUGUACGCUCCCAUAGUUGCGGGGGCUUCAUACAGUUGCGCCAGUCAGUGAAUAUUACUAGUGGAAUUUUGUUGCUGGUACUUGCGAAUACUUGUGCAACAAUCAACAACAAACAUGAGUGUGGCCUCUGCGCAAGCCGGACUUGUCUAUUGGGUAGCACCCAUAGAGGUAGCACCACAUGGGUGUGAUGUACGGCGCUAACACCGCAUAAUCUGUUAGUACGUUCACUGGAGUGCAUAGUCUAUUCACUCAGCCGUAGAUGUGUGUAGUAAACAGUGGGAGCUCAAUCACAGUAGCUGAAUAGAGUGUGGAAUUCGGACUACAGCUACACAUAAAUAUGCACCACAUGCAGCAGUGGUAAUGCACAUGGAGUGACCGAGUGUAUACUUUGUGUACACGGAGUUCAGUUCACCCUCCACGGCUCGGUUAUCAGUAACGCCUUAUAAAUCAACGAGCGACCUUGUCUGACAAUAAUAUUCAUCAAGAACACAACUAGGCAGUGACUUCGCCGACGCGUGAACUUGCGAGAACAUGAAGUAAAAACGGUGGAAGAUGCAAAGGGUUGACUCCAACGAGUGGCCACAAUUUCGAACCCACACAACACCCCCUUUUCUGGAUCCUGAAAACUCGACUACUUCGGAUGAGUUUACCGGCAAACAGGAAGUUAUUGUGUGCAAAGAGGACACGUUAGCGGGGAUCGUAGGUCGGAAGAGCGGCGACGAGUUACAGAAUUACUCCGGGGAUAAACUUACACUUACAGACAUAACACCAGCCGGGACUUGGACUAGUAUCAUUGGUAGUGACCUGGGUGAACGCAGCCAGCAAAUCACGGGAAGGCAUGAUCGGAACGCGGGGAGUUGGGGCCUGCAAGGGGUAAACACGCCAGCCGACUACCCGUCAGACUACGGCAAUCAGACGGUACAGGGCACUGGUAUCAAACAUGGUAUGCAACCAGGUUAUUAUGUCAAUGUAGACUCAUCAUCCCAUCUUAUGAUUGGAAACAAAGCGGACGGGCGAGCAGAGGAGAUAUCACUAUGUAAGAUGGAUACCAGUACAGGCUAUAAUUCCAGUGAUAACCGGAGGGAUUACGUAGAUAAUUCGCGCCAGAAUGGACUAGACGAAGACGAGGAGGAUUAUUUCGACUCUGACAGGGAUGAUGAUAUUAACUUGGUUCACUUAUUACGCCGUCGGGCACAGCAGGAGCAAGAAAUCACGUCCAUUUUACAGCCCCCGUCGAGCAUGGAUUCAUCAAUGUAUGUCACAUACAGUGACCUUUCCUCUAUAUUCGGAGGCGAAUUAUCGGAGGAGGACCAUGACACAAUUUUCGCCGGUAACCUUUCCACGAGCAGCGAGGAGUUAAACGCGAAUAAUUCCAGCUCUGCGUCGAGCUAUGGUGUCAUCCACAAAGUGCGAGCUACAAACUUGAAUACGCGGCUAGCCAAAUCGACUGAAUCCAUCCCUACGCAAGUCGACUGCGAGCGACAGCGAGCGGAGGAAAACUCGGAGCCUUUACAGCGAUCUCGAAGCUUGGAGAAUUUAAACUUGUUGCGAGUUAGUUCAUCGGGGGCGCCGUCAUGCGACGAGUUCUCAUCAACACGGCCGGCCGUAGUAAAUAAUAGUAAUUAUGCAAGCUGCAUUGAGAAUAUUAAUGCACGGUCGCCGGCACGGAGCGCCUGCGCAAAGCGGCGAUUAAUUACGGCGAAGGAGAACGUGUGCGAGAGUGUGGAUAUUACGAGAGGGGUCAGAACAGACCAGGGAGACGGAGAUACACCCGUGGAACGCUCGUUCGCAGACGAGGUGCGAUUGUGUGCCCUCCCCGUCUAUAUCCCACCUGCUUCGGACAGGAUGUAUCACCAACACCAUCGGGUGCCUUCUCCCCUCAUGGAGAUGGAUGAAGACGAAGAUGAGGAUGAAGCAUCACAAGGAGGUGUUGAAGAGAAACAUAAAGAGGUCACGGGUGCAGGGGAGGACAAAGCACCACCGAAGCCAAGACGAGGUGAAGAACGUAGUCUCCUAUCCGAGGAGGAAUCAACCAAUGAGAUGGUGAAGAGGGUGUCAUCACCUCGUGGUGCGGAGAUUGCAGCCGAGAGUGAUGAGACCGUGGAGGAUGAACCACAUGAUGUCAAGGAUAAACAUAGGACAGGUGACGAGAGCAUAGAAUCCAAGAUGGCGGCCCCCAACAUCAAUGUGCCGCAGAUCAUUGAAACUCUUGUGGAGGAUGAUGAAGACAAUGAAGGGGAGAGAAUUGUUCUCCAGCUUCAGUCUCGUCUUGCUGCUGUCGAGAAACUCGCUCAAGAUCUCUCGGAUCAGAAUGGUAAACUGCAGGAGGAGUUAACGGAAAUGCAGCUUGAAGUGGAGGAAUCACAAGAUAAAUACAGGGAGGGCGGGGACAUUGAGGAAUAUCGCGACAUGAAGAUGGAACUCGAUCGCGCUGUCAGAGACUGCCGUAUCAUGCAAUAUCGUCUUCGUAAAGCUGAAAGAAAGAACGAGGAAUUUGAACAAGAUCGUGUGCAGUGGGAGGAUCGCUUACGGGCCAGCUCGGCGGGGAUCCCCACCCCUUUGCUCUCUGGCUCCGCUGUGAGCUCCGGCGACUCGUCCCCGGAAGAUACCCGGGUCAGUGAGAUUGCCGAGCUCCAUCAAGAAUUAAGAACAGCCAAAGAUGUGUCCAUAAGACUGCAUCAAGAACUUGAGAUGAUUGAAGAGAAAAGAGCCAAGACGGAGGAAGAGUGUCAAAAUCUGAGGAGGAAAUUAGUGGAUUCGGAAAAUACUAAGAAAGAGAUGAGACGGGAUUUGGAGAAAACACGUACAGAGGGAACGCGGGGGUUUGAGAGUGGAAAGGCCGUGCUCAAGUUAACCCAUGGAGAAAUUCCUCCAUGGGUUAACCUAGAGCAAGUUCGAGUGAGGGGCUUCGGCUUUGGAUUCGGCUUCAUCAGGCUCCGUUCCCUCGUCGUCUGA